AUGCAACAGGUGUGCGGCCCGCGGACGCGCCCUGACGUGCGCGCCUGGAUCGAAAAGAUUUGGACCACCAGCCAGGCAGCCGCCGCCAAUGAGAAGAAGAGAAAGCGGAAGUUGAGAACAAGCAGCGCUCCAUCUGAGAGCGGUCUCUCUGGCAUGACGGGAUACACAGCCUACACUGGCCUGACUGGCACCACUGCCACAGCGAUUACGGCGCUGCACACGGUGGGAGGCAGCAUCGCGGGGCGCAGUCACAGACCGCGAUCAAUGCAAUCCGAUGAAAGUUUGGUGGUGCACCACAGCAAGGGCGAUGAGCCCUUGUCUGUCAAAGAAAGAGUGCAGGCCUUCCUCCAGAACCGCCUGCCCGAGCUCGCUGUCCACGUGGAUGCGCACGUGGCAAACCUCACCGAAGAGCUGCGGAAGGAGGUUGACGAGGAAGUGGCCGAGAACUUCCUCAGGACCGCAUCCAAUCACCGGGUCUUUGACGGACAAGCAAACUUCCUGCGGUGGAAGAAUGUGCGACACAAGGCGCUGCAAAAGCGCUUGGAUACCAACAUGCACAAGUGGAUUCUGGAGGGCAUUGAGGGUUGGGACCAGAAAGCAGCAGCCAAGCCGAAAGAGAAUCUUCUCGAAGCAGAUGUGAUAUUUGAGUACCUCACGAAGCGUGCGGUUCAUGAUAACGGCAAGCUGCCAACCCAGAUUCCUGUCAUUCGCAAGAUGCGGUAUUCUUACAGCUUGCCUCAAACGUGGAAAGAUAAGUUUAGUGCGCACUGA